AUGUCAGACGGAGAGAACGCAGCAACUACACCAAAACCAUUAGCAGUAACGUCUCUAAAGCAACAAAGAGCAUCGUGCAAGGGAAGCUUAACACGAAUUAAUAAUCAAAUUGAUUCAACAAAACAAUUAUCUUACAUUGAAUUGGAGUGUAGAUUGGGAUUGGUAAAGUCGUACUAUAAGCAAUCUACUUACUAUCAAUUUCAAAUUGAGAAUUUAGAUCCCGCUGAUGGUGGACGCAAUGAUUUAGAUGAGUUGUAUAUCACGGUUAAAACUAAAAUAAAGUCUCUUAUGGAAGAACGCCGACCAAGAGAUGUUGUUAAUAACGAACACAGCUUCGUAAUGUCACCAACAAUUAAUAACACUCGUUUACCAGCUUUGAAAUUGCCACAUUUUGAUGGAAAUUAUAUGGAUUAUAAAAACUUCAUACACUCAUUUAAUAACUUAGUUAAUAAUGAUGCUACUAUAUCCAAGAUCGAAAAAUUCAACCAUUUGUUGACAUGUUUAAGUGGAGAGGCGCUAUCAACCGUAAAGGCCUUUCAAGUGUCGGAAGAAAACUACGAGCUAGUUAUUGCACGUUUAAAUGAUCGCUAUGAUAAUGACACGCUCAUAUUUUUAGAAAAUAUAUCUGCACUCUUUAAGGUUCCUGUGGCUUGUAAAUCGGAUUCCAAACAGCUCAGAAAUAUUGUAGAUACAAUGUCAGCGCUCUAUAGUUCACUCAAAACAUUGAGUUCUACGACACAAAUCAUGGACGCAAUCAUGAUCCAUCUGUUAAUGAACAAAGUGGAUCCCGGUACGAAGCAACGUUGGGAGGAUCAGCUGUCUUACGAAACGUUGCCUACAUGGGAGGGCUGUUGUAAAAUGUUAGAAAGAAGAUGUCAACAAUUGGAAGCACAAGGCAAAAACAAUAACCUUCAAGUAUCAAAUCAAUUAGCAAAUAAACCAGUCAUCAAGGGAUCAAAACAAUAUACAAUGCUAACAAGUAUAAAUAAAUUUCAGAAAUCCGAAUUGGUAUGCGUAUUUUGUUUGAAGAAAAAUCACUCAAUUACUACGUGUCAGCGUUUUAUUAUGUUAUCCACUAAAGAUAAGAAAGAAAAGGUACGUCAAUUGCAAUUAUGUUAUAACUGUCUUAAUAAGGGACAUAGUGUAUCGGAAUGCCCAUCAAGAUACUCGUGUCGGUUUUGUAAGCAGCGACAUCAUUCCUUGAUUCACCAAACUGUUGAGUCACCAGUACAAGUUCCUUUUCUACAUUCAGCGGAUAAUGGUGAACAUCAAAUUAGUACAUUCUCAGCCACAUCACAUGCCACUUCAGUAAGAAGCGACUCAAUUCAAAAGAAAAGUACAGUCAUUUUAGCCACAGCUAUUAUUCUUGUGCAAGAUGCUGGUGGUUGCUACCAUAUAUGUAGAGCACUACUGGAUUCCUGUUCUCAGGUGAAUCUACUCACACAUUCAUUUGCACAGAUGUUAAAUUUAAGAAAAUCAAAAUCCUCAAUUGAUUUAUCUGGUGUUGAUGACGCUUGCAUAAAAUUAAACUUCAAAACUCAAACUACUAUACGAUCCAGAGUAAGCAAUUUUGAAAAAUCGGUUGAAUUCCUGUUAACAAACAACAUCACUGGCUAUCAACCUGACGAAUCUAUCUCCUUAAAGAAUAUGCCGAUGCCGAAAGCCAUCGAAUUUGCAGAUCCUGAAUUCAAUGUCCCAGGAAAAAUCGAUGCACUAUUGGGAACGGAAGUAUUUUUCGCGUUAUUGUUAUCUGGUCGCACCCAACUCGGUGUUAAUCUACCAACACUUCAAGAGACCAAAUUGGGGUGGAUUGUGAGUGGUAAAUGUGAAUCAUCAAGCAUGUCAUCUUCAGAUUACCGAAGUUUUUGCACAACAUUCCAAACAUCAAACUCUAAUGUUGAACGUCUGUGGAAAUUGGAGGAUGUUACUACCCAACCUUCGAAAUUCACCAUUGAGCAACAACAAUGUGAAAAGCAUUUUGUAGAGAAUGUACAGGUAAAUGCCGAAAAUCGAAUAAUAGUACGUUUUCCAUUUAAAACCAAUCCCGAUGCUCUCGGUAACUCUAGUGACAUAGCGUUGCAGAAAUUUUAUUGGAUGGAACGAAAACUGAAUAAAAAUCCAUCAUUGAAAAAGGAUUACGCAUUGUUUUUAAAGGAAUAUGAAAAUCUAGGUCACAUGUCCCGGAUUAUGUCUCCUGAUCUGAGUCGUGCUCACUAUUUCAUUCCACAUCAUUACGUGUUGAAACCAACUAGUGAGACCACGAAAUUGAGAGUAGUAUUUGACGCGUCAUGUCGCUCAGCAUCACAAGUAUCACUAAAUGACUUACUGAUGGUCGGACCAACAAUACAAAACGAUUUAUUUGUUACACUAAUUCGUUUUCGGAACCAUCAGUAUGGGUUAAUGGCAGACAUAAACAAAAUGUACCGUCAAGUGUUGCUUCAUCCAGAUGAUAGGCGGUUCCAACUAAUACUAUGGCGAGAAAAUGAACACAAACCAAUCUCAACGUAUAUGCUUAACACCGUCACAUACGGCACAUCAGCGGCUCCACACCUUGCAAUACGAAGUCUCCAGUAUGCUGCUGAAAAUUAUCAUCAGGCGCAUGAACUAGGAAAGGCCGGUAUUCUAAACGACUUUUACGUCGACGAUAUGGUCACCGGAGCGGACGAUUUGGCAACAUUGGUGCAAAUAAAAGAAGAAGUUUCUGAAAUAUUAAAUCACUUUGGGAUGGAAUUGUGUAAGUGGCAUUGUAGUCAUUGUAACUUAAAUGCAACUUUGGAACGCGACCUUCAGCUGAAUGAAGACACAACCAGUGCUCUUGGAGUAAAAUGGAGACCAGAUACAGAUGUAUUUAUGUUUUCGUUUAAACCUAAAAAAUUGGUAAGCGUUACUACUAAAAGAUCGAUUCUAUCAUUUACAGCUUCAUUUUUCGAUCCGUUGGGCCUAAUCAAUCCAAUCAUUGUAGUACCAAGAAUCAUAUUACAACAGCUGUGGGUACAAAAUAUUUCUUGGGAUGAAGGCAUUCCAGAGAUUUUAGCAAGUAAAUUUAAGGAUUUCAUUGAUGACUUGCAACAUUUACCACUGCUACAUAUUCCUCGUUUUGUACGAAUGUCUAACACAAUUGAAGUACAAGUUCACGGCUUCUGUGAUGCAUCUGAAAAGGCGCACGGUUGCUGCCUAUACUUGAGAUGUAAGGAUUCGUUGGGAACCAUAUGCGUAAACUUACUUACUUCAAAAUCAAGAUUGGCUCCUACGAAAACAUGUUCGUUGCCACGACUAGAACUCUGUUCAGCUCAAUUAUUAACGAAAUUAUGGGCAAAGGUACAACCGCAUUUAUCGUUUGAAAUAUCAGAAGUCCAUUUCUGGUCCGAUUCACAAAUCACACUUCAUUGGAUUCGCUCUGAAUCAUCAACAUUAUCCGUUUUCGUUGGCAAUCGAGUUGCCGACAUCCAAAAUUUGUCAACAAAUACUACAUGGCAUCAUGUUGAUUCAGCAAAUAAUCCGGCAGACGUCAUUUCGCUGGAAUUACAGACCACACAUCUUAAUUUGGAACGCAAGAAAACGUGUCUGAUUAUUAAACAAAGGAAACCAUCAUAUAUUAUCGAACAAAUUUAUUAUUAUGGUAAUUAUCUUAAAUGUGUGCGUACAUUUGCCUACGUGUUACGUGUCAUUCAACCACGAUCAAGAAAUACUGAUGUACUCAAGGCUAGCGAAUUAAAAAAUGCUCUAUAUCAUAUUGUUUGGGCUAUUCAACAGCACCAUUUUGCUAGAGAAAUUACAUUGCUGAAAACAAAAAAGCCAAUUAAGGGUCAACUAGCAAACUUAUGUCCGUUUCUCGAACAGUUUGGGAACUUGUUGUUAUUACGCGUUGGUGGCCGUCUGAUGAAUGCAGAUGUAUCUUUUGAAGUGAAGCAUCCUCUAUUAUUGCCAAAGGCGGACACAUUCGUAGUCUCAUUAGCGACACACAUACACCGCUCGAAUUUUCAUGCCGGACCGCGAGCCUUAACAACACUCAUUCAACAAGAAUUUUGGGUCAUAAAUUGCAAGUCUUUAGCAACUCAGGUAGUUCAACGAGUCACAGAAUGCUUGCCGUUUCAUGUUACUGGAGUCGAUUUUGCCGGACCAAUACCCACAUAUUUAAAGAUAAGAGGCAAGCGACCAUAUAAAUCUUAUAUUGCUGUGUUUGUAUGCUUUGGAAGUAAAGCGGUGCAUUUGGAGGCUGUAACAGAAUUAUCUGCAGACGCAUUCAUAUCAGCGUUAAAACGAUUCGUUGGUCGUCGAGGUGUGCCUAUGAAGAUAUUUUGCGACAACGCAACAAAUUUCGUUGGUGCAGACAACAAGCUCAGAGAGUUCCGCAAUUUCUUUAAUAAACAAUGUACAAUUAAUACCAUCACGUCACAUUGCGCAAAUUUACGUAUUGACUUUUCCUUUAUACCGCCAAGGGCACCUCACUUCGGAGGUCUCUGGGAAGCUGCGGUAAAAAUUGCAAAAUCACACUUGUACAAAACCCUAUCAAAUGCUCGACUUACAUUCGAAGAACUAGCUACGGCUCUCGUCGAGAUCGAAGCUGUGAUGAAUUCCCGUCCACUUACAAGUAUAUCCACAGAUCCUAAUGACUUGUCAGUAUUAACACCAGGCGAAUUGCUAAUCGGCAAAAAACUAAAGCACAUACCGGAACCAGUGAUUACGUCACAGGAAAUUUCGUUGCUUGCUCGAUGGAAACGAAUUACUGCAGUAAAAUCUCAAUUUUGGCGUCGCUGGCAACAUGAAUAUUUAUGCACGUUACAAUCACGAAAUCGUUGGCAACAUUCAACUCGCAAUUUAAGGGUCGGUGACUUAGUAAUUAUUCAUGACGAUAACCUGCCACCUAUGAAAUGGCUUCUUGGUCGCAUCAUUCGCACGGUAACAGGAGCAGAUGGCAAGGUCAGAGUGGCAGAAGUUAAGACGCCUGAAACCACACUCACUCGACCCAUUGCGAAGCUGGCGUUAUUACCAAUAUUGAAUUCAGAUGAUUCAAUGGGGCCGGGAUGUUAA